AUGGGAAAAGUAAAAAAAGAGAACCUGAGAAGCUGCAUUACCCUUUGUCCUCCUGGACCAAAUGUUCUACUGCUCUUAGUAAAACCUUCAGACUUUACCGAGAACGACAGCCAGACUCUGAGGGCCACCCUGAGUUUGUUUGGUGAAGAUUCCUUUAAACACUCAAUGGUUAUUAUAACUCAAGAAGAUAAUAGAACAAGUUUUGCUCUUAAUUCUUUAAUCAGAGAAUGCAAAGGUAGACAGUACAGCCUGGCUGAAAAAAAUCACCAGAAAUUAAUGGAGAAGAUUGAAGAUAUAGUGAAAAGAAACAGCAGUGCCUUCCUAAGCAUCAAAGAGGAUGGAACAGCAUCAAAAUGUGACCAGUCAUUGCCAGUCAUAAAUCUGGUUCUGUGUGGGAGUAGUGGAUCACAGAAGACCUCAGCAGCCAAGGCCAUUCUAGGUCAGACAGAUCUUCCUUCAGCCUCCAGCUCAUCAGAGUGUGUUAGAAACCAGGGAGAGGUUCGUGGACGUUUGGUUUCUGUGGUGGAGCUGCCUGCCUUGUAUGGAAAAGCUCAGCAGGAAGUGAUGGAGGAAUCAUUCAGGUGUAUCUCCCUCUGUGAUCCUGACGGUGUCCACGCCUUUAUCCUGGUUCUACCUGUGGGUCCCCUCACUGAUGAAGACAAGGGAGAGUUACAGACCAUCCAGGACACAUUCAGCUCUAGAGUCGAUAACAACACAAUGAUUCUGUUCACUGUGGAGUCAGAUCCUACAGCUCCAGCUGUGGUUAAAUUCAUUGAACAGGAUAAUAACUUUAAAGAGCUUAUAAAGAGAUGUGGCGGUAGAUAUCUUGUUGUCGAAAGUAGCGACAGAAGGAAAUUUUCUGCUGUGAUGGAUUUUGUGGAUAAAAGAAAACAAACCAAAUACACAUCAGGAAACCUCAUUAAAGCCUACUUAGAUAAACUUCAACAAGAGAAAAACAUCACCGCACUACAAAGCCACCUUUCAAUUCUGCCAUCACCAACUGGAUUCAGAGGUAAGGACAAGUGGACAUAUGAGUGCCUCAGAAUAGUUCUUAUUGGAAAGACUGGAUGUGGGAAAAGCUCUUCAGGAAACACUAUCCUGGGCAGAAAGGAGUUUGAAGCCAAACUAAGUCAAAAGUCAGUAACAAAGUGUUGUAAGAAAUCCCAGGCUGAUGUGGACGGUCGUCCUGUUGCCGUGGUGGACACUCUUGGUUUGUUUGAUGACAGCUUUACACAUGAACAAGUACAACAAGAAUUACUGAAAUGUAUCAGCCUUCUAGCCCCAGGUCCACAUGUCUUCCUGGUGGUGGUACCAAUUGGAGGAAGACUCACACCAGAGGAGGAAAAGACAUUAGAACUUAUUAAAGAAGGUUUUGGGAGGAAUUCUGAAAAGUACACCAUUAUCCUUUUUACAAAAGGAGAUCAUCUUCAAGGUUCACAGUCUAUUGAAGAUUAUAUCAAAAAUGAGUGUAAUGACAAAUUCAAAAAGCUGAUUGCUGAUUGUGGGGGAAGAUACCAUGUACUUGACAACAGUGACAUCAAAAACCGCACCCAAGUAAAAGAGCUGAUCAAAAAAAUUGACAUCAUGGUGGCUAAAAAUGGGUGCUUCACCAAUGAGAUGCUGCAAGAGGCAGAAACAGCCAUAGAACAACAAUAUCAGCAAAUCCUAAGAGACAAAACUGAAGAAAUAGAGAAAGAAAAGAAGAAAAUAGAAGAAAAAUACCAGAAUGACAAGAAGGAGAUGGAAAGAAAAAUGAAAGAAGAAAGAGCAAAAAUUGAAAAAGAGCUCAAGAAGAAAAAUGAGAAAAUUAAGGAGAUCAAGAAAAGACUUCAACGGGCUGAAGAAGAAAAGAGAAGGGAACAAGAGCUGAGAAAAGAAGAAGAAGCCAAACGGGAACGUGAGAGAAACGAAGAACAUGUUUACGAAUCUUGGGACAUCCAGCAUGUCAGUCAGAAGGCUGGAGCUGAGUAUCGGGACUCUCAGGAGGGACAACUUCUUACCGUUUAA